AUGUCUGCAUCUAAAUUCACCUUGCUGUGUAAUUCAAAUAAAUGCCGGUCAAAGCUGAGUGGAUUCACGUGGGUUACGGCCUGCUCUCACGUCUUCUGUGAUCAGCACGGUUCAGAGGCGUUCAGCCGCACUCCUGCCACCUGCCCCGCCUGCUCCUCCAUGCUCUCGGGCAAACUGGACGUCUUUAGAAUCGAGCUGGCACCAUCAGAGCAAUACAAAGCUAUGGUUUUGGUCAGACUACAGCCUGAAACUGUUUUGGAAAUCAGUCAUAAAGCGCUAGACUUUUGGGCUACCAGUGUCCUCACAUUCAACUUUUACAUUCUCCAGGUGCUGGAGGAAUAUAAGCGGAGACACAAUGAGGUUUUGGAGCGACUGAAUGAACAAAAUAGGCAAUAUCAGAAGCUGCAGGGACUUCUCGACUCACUACGGAUGCACACUCUGGGAAAGGGAGAGAAAGAUCCCAUUUCCCACCCUUUCACUACAGGUUUGGUCAAACAGCGCUCACCGCAUAGCAGUCCUUCAUUCCCGGCACCAGAAGGUGACAGGUUCUUCUCACUGGGACCAGAAAACGCUAAAACUUUCUUCCAGUUCAGCACACCCACCUGA